ACAGGUGGACAAAACUGAGCCGACUGAGUUGUUACGAGUCCGCUGCUUGUGGUUAUCGUUCGACAAUGCGAUGCCCUCUGUCACAGUGACGUUGUUUGGUCCAGUUGCCACACAACAGGAUUUCAUUCAACUUCCCAUUAUGGUAUUUCGUGGAUUUUGGUAUGGUGACGCCAGCGAGACAACGGUGAGUCCAACAACAGAGGAAAUUCUGACCACAAAAAGGGAAGAAAUAACUACUGAUCAAUUGUCUACCGUCAGUGAAGUAUCAUCUGAUCCGCCUACAUCGGAAUCCCCCUCUCCGUCUACAGCUGAAAUGUGUACAUGUGUCUGCCCAAAUAUACAUGUAGACAACUCACCUGCAGCCAUCAACCUUAAAAUACAGAAUUUGAAGAGGACGCUUGCAGUUAAUAAGACCCAACUGUCGUCCCACAUGAGAAAGUUCAUCAGUGUACCGGAUGGGCGUGCCUCGGCCGCUGGGAUCGGGUACGUGGCCGGGGUAUUCCUCGUGCUUGUGGUUACUACGAUAGCUGUCCUGGAUUUAUCGUCCCUGCUCCACUAUCUCGCCACAGUAUGGAAAUAUAUUAGAGAAAAUAACUAGAACUCGGACGGACUCAAUUGGUUCGUUCAAUAUUCCCUUUCCCUAAUAUCUCGCCUCUGUAUGGAUGUAUCAGACAAAUUAUUGGAACACUGCCUCAGUUUGUUAAAUAUUCAAGGAUCUCCACAGCAAUGUAUAUUAUAAAUUGAUAUGUUUGUAUAUAUAUAUAUUUGGGAUAUCCAUCCAUAUGGCACUCCCUGUACUUUCCUGUUCAACGUUACAAUAAAAUAUUAUUUCAACAGACCUCUUGAGAAUUGUUUUCUUCGAAUGAUAUGAUAAAUAACAAUAUCUCUCUAUCUAUGCUGAUAUCACAUUGGACUUCAUUAACGCGGCCACUUCAGUGUAGAAUAAACUGUCAGAAAAGAUUGGUGUUGAAAUAAACUUACCUUGGCGAAAAAUGACGCAAACUAGGGCUCGUUCUAAGCAAAUAAUAAAGUCUGAAAUAUAAUAAUCACAUGGUCUUUUCCAGACAGACCUACUUAGAGAGGUGCCCGUGUAAAAAUAAACAUUGAUACUAGCGGAUAUCCCUCUUUCAUGUAUAAGUUCACCUAUCCGACCAUACAUGUUUCCGAUUUGUCCACAUCAGCACUUUGCGUUUCCACCAAAGAAAUUGUUGCAAAAGAAUUGCUCAAAAGAUAUUAUCACCUUUCAAUUCAAAUUGAGUGUUACAUAGUGUGGAACCCCAAACUGCAUCAUAUAUCUGUUUUUUCCUUCUGGGAUCCGUCAGUGAUGAUAAGGGUGUAAAGUGGUGAUAUGAAGGAGAUGAAUGGAGAAAUUGGAAUAGGUCAAACUAAAUCUAAACAAUACAAUAAAUGCCAUUUCCAGCAUUGGAUUUCAAAAGAACGUGAGGACAUUCUGUCGACGUUGUUUUCUAAUGACAUUUAAAGGAAAAACGACGUUCCUUGGGGAAUUACUGUCUUUCUAGCCGUUUUAUACUAUUAGAGAAAAUAAUUUUGACCACUAUUUGGAAAGAUCCUGAACCGAAGUGAAGAUUAGCAAAAUACUUGAACUGUUUGUAGAUUUGUAUUAUACAUAAAACACACAAAAUAUAUUUCUGUUUGACUGUGGUCAUCUAAAAAUGACAUUUUCAGAUGUUUGAUGUAUUCAUACAUUUUCCUUUCGUAAACUUCCUCCUAAGACUUUAACAAUUGAAAAAGGUAUAUACAUAAGUAAACAACAAUUACAGAGGCAAUCAAUCAUUAAUAUUGUCCACUUCACGAGAUUUUUUUCAGUGUUUUACAAUGAUCCAAAGACAACAUUUAAUGUUUCAGUUCUAUGAAUAAUUGUGACAAAGAUUUUAGUAUAUAAGAAAUUGUAUUUUCAUUUUAUUUUUAAGUAGGUAAUAAAUUAAGUUCAACAGGUAUUGGUUGGACCCUAGUCGUUGACUUAAAGGUUAAACGGUAGAUUGUACUAAAAUGAGAAUGAAAUUAAACGACAAUUAUCUAUACAAAAUCAUUGUUGGUCUUUUCUCACGAAAUAAAAAAAAAAGUCAGCGUUACAGAUAAGGUGACACCAUGGCUAAAGUCCUGACUUACCACCAAUACAAACCUGUCGUGCAUCAUACCGUAUCAUUAGACAUGGUGAUCACAUAUAUCCUGGGAGACGUUUUAUUGGUUGGUUCAGGGUUUGAUGAUUCUCGCAAAGAUAUUGGUAUUUCUAUACUGAUAUACUUACAUAGAACAUUGUGGAAGAUGAAAAACCUGGUGAUCAGAGCAUAUAUUGAAUACCAUGCUAGUAUAACUCAUUUAAAUCAAAUAAUAAAGCAACGCUCGAUCAA